AAAAAUUAUCUUCUAGUUCAGAUACAGAACAAGCAUCAGAUACAGAACAAGUAUCAAAUACAGAACAAAUAUCAAAUACAGAGCAAGUAUCAGAUACAGAACAAGUAUCUAUCAAAAGAUCUCAUAUUCGUAAAGACCCAAAUCAAAAUUGGUUUAAGAUAUAUCCAUGGUUAAAAAAAGUAGUUAAAAAUAAAGUUGUAUUAUUUUGCACAAUAUGUAGAGAAAGAAAUGGAAAGACAGUAUUUGCAGUAGGUACAACAAAAUAUCAGUUAGAAAGUAUUAAAAAUCACAUAAAAACAAUUGAGCACAAAGAAUCUGAAGAUCUUUCCAAACCACAACAAACAAAAAUUAUUACUAAUUUUGCAAAGCAAUUGGGUAUCGAUAAAUUAAAUAUUAUAUCACUUAUGAGAAAUGUUUAUUUUUGUGCUAAAAAUCAUCAACCUAUCAAUUUGUUUCCUAAUUUAUAUGAAUUAGUUACAACUCAAAUUCAUAAUCAUAAAGAAUAUAUUACUUCAGAUAGA